ACUGCAUGUGUUAGUUGGGUGUGAUUCAGGUUACGAGUGCCGUAAUAUGUUCACGCUCACAAGGUAAUAGACGGAGCACAGAGCAGAACAAGUGGAAUAUUUUCAUUUGGACAAAAAUUGUAUCCUGGAAAGCAUGAACAACUUAAGCGAGGUGGUCAGGCUCGAAGAACAGAACCCUGAAGACGACAGCGUAGUGAGCAAUGACUAUUCCACCACGGUGGGCGCUCUCAUCCUGAGUCUGGUCUUCCUACUUGGCGUUCCCGGCAACCUCUUCAUCGUGUGGAGCAUCCUAGCCCGCGCCCGCCGUCGCUCUGUCACCACGCUGCUCAUCCUCAAUCUGGCGUGCGCCGACGGCUUCCUCAUGGCACUCACCAUCUUCUUCAUAGUCUACCUGGCCAAGCAGACGUGGGUUUUCGGCACAGCCAUGUGCAAGGGCCUCUUCUACCUGUGCAACGUCAACAUGUACGCCUCCAUCUUCCUCAUCACGCUGAUGAGCGUGCACCGGUUGGUGGUGGUCGUGCUGCCCCGCAGGACGGCGGCCAAGCUCAGCAGGAAGGUGGUGCGCCGCGUCAUCAUGGGCAUGUGGUUGCUGGUGGCCGUCAGUGCGCUGCCCUCGCUAGUGUUUCGGGACGUCCGGGAGGACAAAGACGACAGGAACAAGACGCGACACGUGUGCGCCCCCAACCACACGCUACCUCGAUACGUGAAGUUUCAGUAUUCCUUUGAGACAGUGGCAGGCUUCAUCCUGCCUUACGCCAUCAUCAUCACGAGCUACGUUCUCAUUCUAAGACGCCUGAGACAGACUCGGUUUCGCCGAAAGGUUCGCAGUGAAAAGCUCAUCCUGGCCAUCGUGGUGAUGUUCUGUCUCUUCUGGUUGCCCUACCACGUCAUCAACAUGAUACAGGUGGCAGCUGAGUGGUACUCGGAGGGAUCACCCAGACGAGAAGUUCUGGAUCACAUCUACCAAACGAGUCGCGCUGUGACGUCGGCUCUGGCCUUCAUCAGUAGCUGUGCCAACCCAGUCCUGUACACCUUUGCUGGCAAAUCGUACAUCAAGAAGAACGGCCUGGGCUUCAUGGCGCGCCUCUUCGAGGGGACGUCGCUGGACCAGGUAGCCACUAAGCAGAACAAGGACGUGACACUCAGCAAUGUGGACUCUGGCGCGGCCUCCUCGUCCGCACAGAAUGGACGAUGAAGAGGUCUGAAGGAACUGACAGGCUUGAAUGGAGAGCACACAAAUAAAAAUGCAAGUGGAACAUUGCAGUCAUGGAACAGUAAUUAAAACAUUGACGUUUUUGUACUUCACUCAAUUCCCAGUGUGCUGUGAGAUAUCUUGAAGUGUGUUGUGGGAAAAUCCUCAAUUUCAUCUU